CGAAAAAUUGAGCUGAUUCCAUCACCGAUUCCAAUGCAAAGGCCUUUCUCCUCUUCUUGUUGAAUGGUUCGAAAGCAGUUGGGCGGUGUCGGAGUCCAUGCUCAAGAGGACAGGUCUUUUUCCGAGGCCAAAUUUUGAUCAGACGUAUCAUUUCUUAGCUGCGUCAAAACAUCCCCGUCCUUGCCCCUCAUGUCUUCGGUUCUUUCCGACUGCAGCCACUCUCCGUCGUGUAGAACGGGAAUUCAACUCUGGCCCAGGUCUUUCGCAGUUCGCAGUACCCGUUCCCAGCCGAUAUUCGUCAAGCCUUACCCACAGUUCUGCUGCCGUAUUGCUCUCUCAUCUUAUUUCCAACACUCCCACUACCGAUGUCCUUGCCUGCAGAGUACGCCAGUCACCCCUUCUCGCCACUUUCUUCUCCCACUCAAAAGACAUUCGCCUCCUUUCCGAACAAGUCGCCCGACAUGCUCCUUGUCACGCACCGUCAGUAAUUCAUCUGGCCCUGGUUUUGGGUUCCCAUUUGCAUGUCAAUGUAUACGAAUGCACUUCACACCAUCUAGCCAUGGAGAAGAAGUGGGACACUCUUCUCUCUGUUGUCCUCGCAGCCACCCAGCGCGUACGGGUGACUACGCGUCUGCUCAACUGGCGCGUGCGUGCAUUGCUGCAAGUCAAGGACUACGCGUCUCUCGAACAUGUCUUGGACGAAUUCGUAAAGCACGCCGUAAAGCCCAACAGGAGGACUUACCACCUUGUCCUUUCCGGCUACCUUCAAAAUGGCGACCUACUACGCUCCAAGGACAUCCUUCACAAAAUGGAGUCCGAUGGAAUCCGUCCCGAUGCCUUCACUUACACUCUCCUCGCCAUCUACUAUCGCACGCUCGGUCCGAACUCUCAAGUUCAAGACGUCGCGGUUGCGUCUCUAGAGGACGUUCCCUUGGCUGCUGCAACCUCCAUCCUCAAUUAUCUGUUACGCAUGCGUAUGGAGGCCAACGACACAGACGGCAUCAUCUCAGUACUCGCACAGUUCUCAUAUCAUCAUAUUCUCCCUGUCAUCAAUGUUGUCACGAGAAUGGACCCAACCGCAGAAAGCCCGUUCUUGUUGUCGUCCAUAAUGCCAGAUGCGGCUACUUAUGCGACGUCUAUCAACUACAUGUUCGCAGCGAAUGAUCAUCCCACGGCGAUACGCUUGGUGGCGGCCAUGUGCAAACCCGAAUCUGCGUCAUUCUUUAAGGUCCUCAUGAUCUCUCCUUCGCGCGACCCAUUACCUCUCGAUCCUCAAGGGAUUCAAUUGAACGUCGGGAUUUUCAAUGCCCUUCUGAAAGGAAUCCUUUGUUUGCAUGGUUUGAAUGGUGCUAUCCCCAUUCUCCAGAUAAUGUACAUGCACCGGGUCCGUCCCAAUUCCAGCACGCUCGAAAUCUUAAUUUCACAUCUGGUCGCCGUCGAGCGCACGCCUCUUCAUAUGGUUUCACGUGUGAUACAGACCUUCGUUACGAGUCAUAUUCAUCCGAAUCUGCGCCAUCUGCACGUAAUUUUCAGUUCCAUUAUUCGGCACGAACGUUAUCUUCUAUAUGGCGUCGGUUGGAACAGAACAGCCGCUAGAUUCUCCCCCAGCAGGUCUUAUCAGGAGUUACCACUUCCGCAGGAAGACGUUCUUACUGGCAUGGCUGAGGAUUUUGAUCCCGUGGCCGGCAUUUCCCCUCCCCGGAAUCCAGCAUACGACAAGCACCUUCGUCCUUUCUUGGAUUCUCUCGCCUCGAGGAAUACCAGAAGCGACUCUGCGGCUCUUGCACUACGUCUAAAACGGGACGCCACCAGGCUGGAGUUUUCUAGCUCCCAGGCGGUCUUUGACACCUUGCUGCGAAGAGGAUUCAUGCCCAAUGAAUAUCAUUAUAGCGCAUUGAUGGAAGGAUAUACGCGUUCCGGCGACCUUGAAUCUGCGAAGAAUCUUCUUGAUUCGGCAAUCAAGUCCGGCUUGAAGCCUAACGCACUCAUGUUCACUAUCCUCAUUGUCGGGUACGCUCGGGAGGGGAACCCGGAGCAGUCAAUGGAAGUGUUUACCCAGAUGAUCACUUCCGGUAUACGUCCCGAUGUUCCUUCCAUAGAUGCGGUUGCAAGCGCAUUUUUCGCCGUUGGAGCCUACAAAGCGGCUAGACAAACUCUCAUGCGCCUUUGGCAUCAUAUCGAACCCUUCCCGACCCACUUACAGGAAGCUUCUUUGCGAGAGAUAGCGGUAGAAUUUCGACAACUGGAGAGGAGAAAUAUCCGUGGCAAGCUGCAGGAGGACGAGCUGCACCGGAUAUUGACGUCAAUUAGACAUAUUCUUAAUAGUCACUCAGCGGAAUUCGUGCGGUCUAUACAUGAAUGAAAUGA